AUGGCAAACCAGAAGAGCUUCAUGCGGUUCAUCUUCAUUAUUUUGUUCAGCUCUGGGAUUGAGCCUUCAAUGACGAAAGAGGUAAUACGAGUACCGGUAGGAGUUGUUCUUAAAUUGAAUUCACCGGUUGGAGCUAUGGCAGAGAAUUGCAUGGCCAUGGCACUUGAUGAUUUUUAUACGAAGCAAGCUCAUUAUCAAACAAGGCUUUUCCUUCUCACCAGGGAUUCAAAGAAUGACGUUGUUUCGGCAGCACUCGAAGCGCUGCACUUGAUAAACAAAGAAAAUGUGACUGCCAUUAUCGGACCUCAAAGUUCAGCAGAAGCAAAGUUUGUGAUAGAGCUAGGCAGAACGAAGCAUGUUCCCAUAAUUUCCUUUUCUGCCACAAGUCCAUCCCUUUCUCCAUCCCAUAACCCAUUUUUCAUUCGGUCGGCUUUCAAUGACUAUGCUCAAGUAAAAGCCAUAGCUGCCAUUGUUGGAGCUUAUAGUUGGUUGGAAGUUGUUCUCAUCUAUGAAGACACGGAGUACGGAAACAGCUUAGUUCCAUAUUUGGUAGAUGCUUUCCAACAAGUUGGCGCUCGAGUACCUAAUAGAAGUGUCAUUCCCCUUCAUUCUAAUGACACAGAAAUUCUGAAGGAGCUUGACCACUUGAAAUCAACUCGAGCAAGAAUAUUUGUGGUGCAUAUGACUGCUUCCCUAGGAUCCAGAUUCUUCUUCUUAGCAAGUCAGUCAGGGAUGAUGACCAAAGGGUAUGGAUGGAUUGUUACAGAAGGGUUGUCGACUUUAUUAUAUCCUGUGGGUUCAAAAGCCAUGCAGUCGAUGAAAGGUGUACUGGGAGUAAGGCCAUAUAUACCAAUGUCAAAAGAAGUUGAAGACUUUGUGUUGAGAAUGAAAAGAUUCAGGUUCAGAAAUCCGAGCAAUAUUAAUGGUGUAAACCUCUUUGGAUUGUGGGCAUAUGAUACAGUUUGGGCAUUAGCAAUGGCAGUGGAGAAAGUUGGAAUAGCAAAUUAUAGUUUUACGACGCAAAAUGUUAGCACAAGCAAAGUUGAUCUUACAAGUUUGGGAACUGGUGACAUGGGUCAACAUCUUCUUGAAGCUAUCCUAGAUUCAAAAUUUGAAAGCCUCAUCAGUGGGAAUUUUCGGUUGGUUAAGGGAGAGUUGGAAGCUUCAACCUUUGAGGUAUUUAAUGUGAAUGGUGAAAAAGAAAGAAUAAUUGGAUAUUGGAACCAAAAGAAAGGACUUACCCGAAAGCUGAAUGGAGCAGCACAGUUGGAUGGAAGGAAGACAAUCAAGACACCAAUCUGGCCCGGGGACACUACAAAGACACCUCCAACAAAGAAAUUGAGAAUUGGAGUUCCCGUGAAACAUGGUUUUAAUGAAUUCUUAAAAGUCGACGAAAAGAACAACAAAAUAUCAGGAUUCUCUUAUGAUAUCUUCAUUGCUGUAGUAAAACAACUGCCAUUUCCCAUUCGAUAUGAGUUUUCUACCUUCGAUGGCACUUAUGAUGAUCUUCUUUAUCAAAUUCAUCUUCAGGCCUUCCCAUUAGGGUCCUCUCUGGUAUCCUACAUGUCAAGGGCAAUCUUGAAUGUGACUCAAGAUAAAACUCUAAUGGAUGAAAUUCAGUCCAAGUCUUUUGAUUACCAACCUGCCUGUGAGGAUCAACGUGCCAAAAUUGCUUCAGAGGGUCCAAGUCUUGGCAUCUCCAGCUUCGGGGGCCUCUUCAUCAUCGCAGGUGUGGCCUCAAUGGUUGCUCUUUUGAUGCACAUGUAUCACUUCCUUUGCUCUCACUGGCCAGCGUUUCGCACAAUUUGUUCUUCUGAGAGCACAUUUUGGGCCAAAUUGGUUGAAAUGGCAAAGCAUUUUGACAAGAAAGAUCUCACUUCACAUCAGUUUAAGCGAAGAGACUCAAGGGUACAUGCUACGGAUAUUCCUGAUGAUGAAGGUCCAGCAGCUGCACCGGAUGCUAAUGAUAUGCAGAACAAUUCAUCAAGGACUCACGAAACAGUGGAGAACGAUCUUGACAUUAAUGAAAAUGAAAAUCUUUCUUCAGGGUCAGGGCGUAGGGAUUCAUCUAUGCCUGUACUUGACUCAUCAUAA